AUGGAGCCUCUGGAAGGUUCUGAUGGACUGAAAUGUUCCAAACAGACAAACAGAGUGGAGGAGCAGAACUUGGCUCCUAAAAUGAUAGAGAGGGCCAAAGUCACUGGCAAAGAGGAAACAUUAAAUUUCGCAGAGAAAUUCGUAACUGAAGGCAAGAACUCUCAUCCAGAUGUACUGACACCAUCACAGACUUUUGGAAGUGUGCAGCCUGUAGAGACUUGUGAUCAAUGUAAAGUCCAUCCUCGAAAGAAGACAACUCACUUUCCUUCCACCACCAAACUAGGUUUCCAAUUAGAAAAUGAUCAUGUAUCAGACAGUCUGUGCAAAAAGGAGCAAAAACCAAAGAAGCCUGGAAAGUAUGUUUGCCACUACUGUGGGAGAGCUUGCGCUAAGCCCAGUGUGCUUAAGAAGCAUAUUCGUUCUCAUACUGGUGAGCGACCAUAUCCAUGUGUUCCCUGUGGUUUCUCAUUUAAAACAAAGAGCAAUUUAUACAAACACAGGAAAUCUCAUACCCAUGCAGUGAAAGCGAGGUUAAUUUCACCUUCAGGGCAAGACACUAAGCAUGUCAGUGUGGAGGAAGAAUUUCAACCUGGAGAAGUUGAGACACAUUCAGAUGCUGAGCAGAGCACUGACACAGAUGAAGAAGGGGCAGAGGACUUGAUCUUAGACAGGAACACUUCUGUUUACCUAAAAGAAAGAGGUGGGACGACCCAGGGAAAGGAUAGCAUUGUAACACAAGAAGACACUACAACAACAUCUGUCUUGACUCCCUUCAAAAAGAAUGUUCCAUCAGCAUCAGGAAAAGUGACAUUGUCGCAGCUUAGAAAAAUGAUGGCAACUCCAGCUAUGGCUCAGGUGGACCAAGCAGGUGAGUUUAGUACUAUCAAACAGAGACUUGCACUUCGACUGUCAGAGAAAAAAAGCCAGGACUCAGAUCACUCUCUCACCCUACCUAGCUCAUACAGCAAAGGCAGCACUGACUCUGGUUAUUUCUCACGCUCGGAGAGUGCUGAGCAUCAGAUCAGUCAGCCAAGUUCAAGUGCCAAGUCAUACCAAGAAAUUAUGUUUGGCAAGUGUUACAAGCCAAGCACAAAGCCAAGGCAAUCAAUUACUGUACAGACUUGCAUGACAGACACAAAUGAAAGCAUGUCGAGUUUCAUGGUGAACAAAGGUAGAGCAACAGGGGAAACUAUGCCUCCCAUUCCCCAAACAAAGAAAGAUAUAAUCAGGUCGCUAAAGGUUGAUUCAGAAUCUUUUCAAGAAGAAGACUACCAAGAUUCAGUACUCUCAUCACCUUUUCAAAGUAAUUCUGAAUGUCUUGAAACUCCCAUGGAUACCGGAUCCCUCAUACGGAGCAACUCUUUGCCAACAUCAUCUGAAUCAAAUCUUGCCAUGCCACAAGGACUACGAGGGAGUAACUCAUUUGAUGAGAGGAUGACCAAUAUUGAUGUCUCCUAUCGUGGUUCGGGGAGUAUGAGAAAGCUAAUGAGACAAGCUGCAUUUGAAUUCUGUGCACAUGAAGGGCAAACAGAGUCAGACAAUCAUGGUGAUCAAGCUUGUGGCAUGCAGAAACCAGAGCUAAAAUUACAAGGGACAGAAAAUGACCCCGAAAAUGAAUCAUGUUUAGGGCAUCAAAGCCACAUCAUGGAAAUUGCUACCAGGAAGCGAAGAAAAGACAAGGGUGUUGUGGAAGAGGAAGAUGUUCCCAGUCAAAAAUCAGUAGAUAAUGCUGGACAAUCAGAUGUUUUUGACUUCGUUUGUGGUUUAAAAGAUCAGGAGCAUACGGCUGGAAGUAAUGUCAUCUCAGUAAUACAGCACACAAACUCGAUAGGGAGGCUUGGCUCUGUAGAGAGGUCUGUUGACUUUGAGUCAUAUAAUGUGCAUAAAUAUGCUACUAACCAAUCAUUUAACAUGGAAGAAGAGGGACAGAAAGUGGAUCAACCCCUAAGACCUGAGGCAGAACGCCAGUGGGGCAACAGCAGAGCAGUAUCUCAGAGGUCUCAUAUGCCUCAGCAGCUACUUGGUCAGUCAGGCAUCCAAGUCCCUGAGAUUAGAGUUACUGAAGAGCCUGAUAGGUCAGAGGAGGUACCAGGAGCACAGAGUAAACAGCGUGAAAAACACGUGGAGGAGUUUCAGUGGCCUCAAAGGAGUGAGACUUUGGCACAGUUUCCAGUGGAAAAACUUCCACCAAAAAAGAAACGUUUGCGUUUAGCAGAAAUUGAAUAUUCUUCGGGUGAAUCUAGUUUUGAAUCUGCCUGCACUAGCCUUUCCCGAAGCCCAAGUCAAGAGAGCAAUUUCUCUCACAACUCCAGUUUCUCUAUGUCACUUGACAGAGAAGAAAGUGUAAAUAUCACUUUCCCAACUAAACAGGAUGAACUAUGUAAGCCACUGGACUUCUUGCCUGUUCCAGGUGAAGGGCAUACUCUUGCUCCACCUAGUCAGAAUCACCACAAAGAGAUGAGGCGUUCCUCCUCAGAACAGUCACCUUGCACGUCACCCAUAGAGGUCCCAGAAUUGCGAAGUAAGUCAUUUGAUUAUGGCAGUCUUUCCUCAACAUGCAAAUCGGGGCAGGGAGAUACCUAUCAAAGUCUAUGUGGAAGUAGAGAUCGAAGAAGGGGCUGUUUGGUGAGACAGGCAUCCCUGAGUAUGGACCCAGAGAUUGGGACUCAAGAAAAACCUGUGGACAUGAAUGUUAUGCAAGACAGCUCAGACCAUGUAUGCCAAAAUCUGUCUCCUGCUGCUUGUCCUGAUUCUCCCUUUCUUGUAUUUGCUGGAGGAAUGAAACAUGCAAGUGGUAUGCAGUAUUCUUUGUUUCAUGACAGACCUGCACUACAACAAUCAAUCCAAACAGGACUUUGUUGGAAACCAGAGGAAAUCCCAUAUGCUAAACAACACAUUCAUUUCCAGUCUCACCUUCCACAGGAUAUGUAUGGCCUGCAGUAUUACCAAUUGAAAAAUGAACAAGGGGAUUCACAAGAAAUCGCUCAUCAUUACGUGAGCUUGAGGGAUCUCCCAGAAGAUUGUCCUGAACAUCUCAUGAAUGUUCUCUCAACAAUUUCAGUGCUCUCACAAGUUAAACCAGUAUUAGCCCACCAGUGCAUCAGCUCACAUCAGUUACAGUGUAGUUCGUCAGUUCCUGUGAGAAUUCAGAUGCAGGUGCCAAGCUAUGGAAAAGUUAUGUACACCAGCAUGUCUCAGAUUUUGGAACCUAAAGUUCAGAUCAUUAAUCCAACAACAGGAAUGAAUAAAACCACAUCACAGAGUACAUUUGUAAAUGUCACCACACAGCAUAUAUCAGGAAACCCUGGAAGAAUAUUACAUAACCAACAAUUAUCACCAGCAAAGCUUAACACAGGAAUACCACUGUCCUUGACCUCCAAAACUAUCUCAACAACAGAGGCCCCAAGCAGUGGAGCUAACAAGCGCAUGCUCUCUCCUGCAAGUAGUAUUGAGCUCUUUACUGAAGCCAAGCAACUAAAACGAGAGAAUGAGGAAAUGAUGUAUGGUCAAAUUGUGGAGGAGCUUAGUGCUGUGGAGUUAGGAAACCAUGUUGCAGCUAAAGAGAAAAAAGAGAAAUUGAGGAGAGAAACUAAAAACAUUCAACAUAAAAGCAAGUUAGUACAAUCCCAAAAAGAUGAACCUCCACUUUUAUCAGAUCACUGCCCCUCAAAGACCCCCUUGUCUUCUUCCCUGUCUUCCAGCAGUAUUUCCCAGGAGGAUUUAAUGAUUGACAAAAUGCAGGAGCCAGGACAGUUCACUGACACUCAUUGUUGUACUUCUGGUACUACUUUAAUGCUAAAUUACAUUGCCAGUGAUAGGCUGUUCUCUCAAGUUCCCAGUCUUCACACAACAACAUGUGUGAGUUGGUGCUAUCUCAACACUACCAAGCCAAACAGCACGCAGUCUCCCCCUCUUUCAUCUGUGUAUGAUGCAUGGUUUGUUAAAUGGCAUAAUCCUAAUCCACCCAAUCUAAGCACCAGGAGUGUCCUAGCACUUCUACGAUCCAGACAGGAGAAACACAUCAGCAUCUAUACAGUUGCAGCUAUGUAUCAACCAGGACUUCUGGCUAGCUCUACUAUUUGGAGACAAAGACAGGAACAGGGUACACUGGAUUCCAAAGAGAAGGACAAGCAUAACGUAAGAAUAAAGGACAUUGCCUACAGGAGUAAACAUGCAAGAAAUGAGAGCAAGGAGAGUGAAGCCUCACUAAAGCAGACUGUACCGGCGCGUGUCAAGAUAUUUGAAGGGGGGUUCAAGUCCAAUGAAGACUACGUAUAUGUAAGGGGUCGUGGUCGAGGGAAGUACAUUUGUGAGGAGUGUGGAAUUCGCUGUAAGAAGCCAAGCAUGCUUAGGAAACACAUACGUACCCACACAGACGUGAGACCCUAUAUCUGCAAAAGCUGCAAUUUUGCCUUUAAAACUAAAGGGAAUCUCACUAAGCACAUGAAAUCAAAAGCUCACAUGAAAAAAUGCCUUGAACUUGGGGUGUCCACUAACACAAUGGAUAUUGCGGGGGAUGUAGACAAUGAAGAUGAUACUCAGAGAGGAUCUGCAGGAUCUGUGGAUACAACGAUUAAACAUCAGUUUUCAGAUGUGGAUGACUCUGAUGGUGGAGACGAAGAUGGAGAUGAGCUAGAUGAUGAUGAAGAUGAGGAAUAUGAUGGUGACUCCACACCAAAAACUAUUUCCAGAAGCACAAGUCCUCAGUCCCAUGCAAUCAACAGACCACUUCCCACCAGUUGUUUCACCAAACACUCCAGCAUGGAGAUCCAUGUUGCAUCCACUAGCAAAGGGGAUGAUCUGACCGUGUCUCUACCAGAACAGCCCAGGACCUUUCAUCCCUGUCCAUCUCAUCCAGUGUUACCUGUUUGUGACCCUCCCACUCAUAGAUACCUGAGCCCCAUCGGAGACAUGUCACCAAGAGGCCAUCUGUUUCCAGUACAGGAUUCAUCCCCAGUCAGAGCUGUUUGCCAUAGGAGUGAUCUGUCCAUCAGGAGCGAUGUUUUGCCCAUGCGGAAGCUUUCACCUGCAAGGCCCAUAUCACCAGGAACUGACAUGUCUAGGCAAAGACCACUCUCCCCUCAGGUUAGACAAAGAGGGGCACUCCGGGCUGUUUCUCCACGAAGGGGUUCUUAUCAGCAUAGAGCCCAUUUGGAUCAUAGCAGGGGCAUAAGAUGUGAAAUUUCUUCUUUGAAGCAAACCACUGAAGUGAAGUCAAAGACAGGAAUGGAUCAGAGAGGGAACACUCUGCAAAAUCUGGACGUUCCUGUUGACCUAUCCGGCAGCAAUGAUUCGCCUACUUUUCUUCACAAGGAUAUUCUCAGCCAUCUGCCUUUACAUUCUCAGAAGCAGGUACAGACACCUCUCCCAAUGGCCCCCAUAGGUGGAAUAAGAGUGCCCUAUGUGCCAUCAGCUGGUAUUUCUGUGGCUCAUCACAUGGAGUCACCACUGCAGGGUAAUCAGUCACAGACGGAAAGCUUCAACCAGUCUUCAACCUUGGUCCUUGGACAAGGAUUUGAUGGUAUAGCUCAGCAGAGGUCCAAGCCAUCUUCUUGCACUCAUGACAAAUCAGAGAGAGCCCAAUACCUUAUUAGUAAGGAUAAGAGACAAGAGGAAAGUAUCCAGAUUUGUACAGAAGCUAUUGCAACCCUCAGAAUCACCUCAGAGGACCUUCCAGGCAGAGAAUUGUUUGUUCUUCCCAUUCAGUCAGAGUCACAAGUCCUCAAAGCAUACCUUAAAAUCCAGAGAGGGGCUGAAUAUUUUAAACUGAAGGCAUAUCACUCAUAG